AUGAAGAAACAAAAUCCACCAGAAACACUUCAAAGCCUCCUAAAAUAUGAAUCAAAGCCUGGUCAAGCGCAAAGGUUUCUCGCCCGCGUGGGGAAGAAUUUCAUGUGGCCCUCCUCCAUACCAGAAUAUCUUAGAAGGCGUGCCUUCAUAAAAAUUGCUGACGUUGAUCUCGAAUUUGAGGAUGAAGUUGGGUUUAACAUCAUAUUUUUCUACAAUGUAUUCGACAGAGGAGAGUUUGCAGGACAAGAAAACGAGUGGGUGACGGUAAACAACCAGAAAGUUAUAAAAUAUGGAGAGGAGUAUAACGAUGAUCAAUUGAAUCACGUUCUCGAAACUAUGCCUAAUGCCAUCCAGCUCCCGGUUGAUCGAACACGUCUACCACGUAGUAAGCCGGCGAAGAUGGUGAUUGCUCAGCGCACUAACAGCGGGAUGAUUAUAAGGUUUGAAUACGUCAGAAUUCGCGGAAGAAGACCUAAUGAAAAUAUUAUGAUCGUGUUUUCGUAUGAUUUUUAUGAUGCCUGUGCGGUCGAUACAGGUGCACCUGAAACUAUCUUGCUAUAUCAUGUUAAGAGAAUACUUGGGAGGAGAGGGUGGAGUGCAAUUACAAUGAUAGCUGGGGGUUAUGGUGCGCCUGCAGAACAAAUUCGUGCUUCUAUGAUGUUUGAGGUGUCUAUUGGUGAUGAUAAUAAUCGGAGUAAAUGGGUUCAAGCUAGAAUUUUACUCUGGGAAGAUUACUCUGGUGAUCAAGUGGAAUGUGCCCUUGUUGGUAAUGAUGUUACAGAUCAAUUAGCCUACGCACAUGAGCCAGGAAAUCCGUUAAAGUUUUUAGAUAUCGUAGAUGAGGCUAGGCUUACCGUGGUUUUGAAUGGGUGCAGAUAA